CACACCGGCGCAGAACGGAGAGCGAAUUCACUCGCCGGCUCUCAACAAGAACGCGUCGACAUAUACACCGUGUUUCAACGUACUGAGGUGAUAUAUUUGUUAUUUAUCCUACGGUCGAAGGCGAGUCAAUCGUGAGAAUGGCCGGGGAAAAGCGUACUCAAGAUCAAGAAGAAACCUUGUUAUCGGAGACGGUGAUAUUGGUUGAUAUCGAAGGCACCACGACGAGCAUAAGCUUCGUGAAGGAUAAACUUUUCCCUUAUGUACGAGAGAAUUUAAAGAAAUAUAUUGAAACUAAGUGGGAGGAUGAAGAAUUUAAACAAGACUUUGAAAAAUUAAAGGAGCAGGCAAAGAAAGAUGAAGAAGAUAAAGUUGAUGGUUUGGUUCCAAUUGCUGGUGCUAAUGCAGAAGAACAGAGAGAGUCUCUAAUAAAAAAUAUUUCAUGGCAAAUGGAUUGUGAUCGAAAAACGGGUGCAUUAAAACAAUUACAAGGACAUAUGUGGCGUGAAGCUUAUAAAUCUGGAGCAAUUAAAGCACAUGUUUAUGAAGAUGUACCAAAAGCAUUAGAGUCUUGGACAAACGAUGGUAGAAAAGUCUAUGUUUAUUCAAGUGGUAGUGUUGAAGCGCAAAAACUUCUAUUUGGACAUACAGUACAUGGUGAUUUACUUAAGUAUUUCAGUGGUUAUUUUGAUACUGAAGUAGGUGCAAAACAAGAAUCAAGUAGUUAUCAGAAUAUAUUAAAUAAAAUUGGAGCAAAACCGUCAAGUGUAAUAUUUUUAACUGAUGUUGUCAAAGAAGCUGCAGCUGCUAAAGAGGCAGGGUUAACCACAGUCAUAGUACUACGCGAAGGCAAUGCAGCCCUUACAGACGAAGAAAGAGUAACUUUUACAACGAUUAAAUCAUUUUUAGACUUAACAUUUCAAACCUCUUUGAAACGACAAAAGUUAGAGACCACAGAAAUAGAAGAAAAUAAGAAUAAAAGUGCACCCGAUGUUAGUGAACCAAUGGACACUUCUGAGGAUGUUGAAAUGUCCGAUGUCAGUGAAAAAAAAGUUGAAAAAGUGGAAAAGGAAGGAGCUGCUCAAAAAGAGACAAAGGAAUCUGUGAAAGAUCAUUUACCAAAGGAAACAAAAAUUUCAGACGGGAAAACCGAAGAACCUAAGGUUACUGAUGCAAAGGACGUAUCAAAAUCUGAAAAGGUAAUGGAAACUGUACCAUUAGAAAAAGUAGAAGUUCAGCCGUCAGAGGUGAGUACCAAAUUAGACGCAUCUGAAAACGUAAAAUCUGUAAUAAGCGAUAAAACUGAAUCCACGUUAACAUCAGCGAAGAACGAUACAGAUAAGCCCGUAGUUUCUGAUAACGUAGACAAAUCUAUGGACGUAACAGAAAAGGUUGUAGAUUCUAAGCCAGCAGCAACUGUUACUACUAAAGACCCCGUGGAUGCUGGAAAAUGUGAGCCUAAAUCAAAGUCUGAAGAUGUUACUAUUACCGAGAAAAAGACUGAAGAAACACCAACUGUCACUAAAGAAACAAAGUCUGAAGAUAUUAAGGUAUCUGAUGUAAAAACUCCUAAAGACACGUCACAAGAGAAAAGCACUAGUAAGAGUAUAGAUGAAAAAUCAGAAGAAUGUAGUAAGAAACCAGAGGAGAGUGCUAAGAAAUCAGAAGAAUGUACUAAAAAAUCAGAAGAAUGUGUUAAGAAACCAGAGGAAUGUACUAAGAAACCAGAAAACGAAACGAAGGAGGAAUCCACUGAUAAGGUUGUAACUAAUCCCAGUAAAACAGACACGAAAAAGUCAGAAAGCGAGGAAUCUUCGACAAAAGCAGCAACAACACAAGAAUCUACGAAAGUUGAAGAGAAGCCAUCGGAAAACGGCGAUGUUUCGUUAACGAAAGCAGAGAAAGAGAAAUCUACGCCAACGGUCAAAGAAUCAGAAGCAACUAAUAGUAAAGCAGAUGUAAAUGUUGAAGCGAAAAGUGCGGUUAAGGAAACAAAAUCUGAAACAGAAACAGAAUCCACGACUGAGAAAACUUCUAAAGUAAAAGAAACGGAAGAAAAAACAGCGACGUCUGUAACAGACGUAGAAAAAAAGGAAGCCAGCGACGAAACGAAACAGGAAUCAACAGAGAAACCAACGAAAGAAGAAAUUGUAGAGGAAACAACAAAAGAAACAACAAGUACAGUGGAUUCCGAGAAGAAAAAAUUAAACGGUACAACACAGAACGGAGAUACAGAUAUAACAGUGUCGGAUGAUAAAUUACACAGAAACGGACUGAAUGAGGGGUCAUCGAAAGAAAAUGUUAAAUCGUCAACGAGCGAAAGCACCUCUGCGCAAAACGGUGAACCAGAGAGUUCCUCAGAGGCUAGUGCAGACUCUAUAAAAGUCAAAAAAGUCGUUGAUUCAACAAUAGCCGACGGUGCCGGCGAACCUGACGUUGUUCCCCCAGUAGUUGUAGCUGCGACGUCUUAAUCUUGUUCUGAUACAUUUUAAGAAUGUCCUUCAUACAUAACCCCAACCCACAAUUACUUAUCCACAGAUAUAAACUGAAAAAGUUGGCUCCUUACACCUUACAUUAAAAGAAAAAAAAAAAAAAAAAAAAAAAAAAAGAAAAAAAUCGUACGACGUUAAAGAU